GCCACGGCUGCCUCCCCUGCAGACCUGCUCCCCAGAGCCAGAGGGAUGGUGGUAGUUACGGGGCAGAGCAAAGUGAGUGGAAACCCGGAUGAUGCCAUGUCGAGCUCGGAUGCAGAGGAUGAUUUCCAAGAGCCAGCCACUCCUACUGCCACCCAGGCAGGACAGGCACUACCUCUGCUGCCUCAGCAGUUUCCAGAAGUUGUUCCACUGAACGUAGGAGGAAUGUACUUCACGACGAGACUGUCCACGCUGAGACGCUACGAGGACACCAUGCUGGCAGCUAUGUUCAGUGGGAGACACUAUAUUCCAACAGAUGCUGAAGGCAGAUACUUCAUCGACAGAGAUGGAACCUACUUUGGAGACAUACUUAACUUUCUGCGAUCUGGUGACCUGCCACCCAGAGAACGAGUGAGGUCAGUUUACAAGGAAGCUCAGUAUUAUUCCAUAGGACCAUUGCUAGACAAUCUAGAGGAUAUCCAACCUCUUAAAGGAGAAAAAGUUAGACAAGCUUUCCUGGGCCUAAUGCCAUAUUACAAAGACCAUUUGGAACGGAUAAUUGAAAUAGCAAAGCUUCGAGCUAUGCAGAGAAAAGCCAGGUUUGCAAAGCUGAAGGUGUGUGUCUUCAAGGAAGAGAUGCCCAUCACUCCCUAUGAGUGCCCACACUUCAACUCCUUACGCUUCGAGAGGAGCGAGAGCGAGACGAAGCUCUUUGAACACCACUGCGAGGUGGAUGUGUCCUUUGGCCCCUGGGAGGCUGUGGCUGAUGUCUAUGACCUGCUGCACUGUAUCGUGACAGACCUGUCUGACAGAGGGAUAACUGUGGAUCACCAGUGCAUUGGGGUGUGUGAUAAGCACCUGAUUAACCACUACUACUGCAAACGACCUAUCUAUGAGUUCAAGAUUACUUGGUGGUGAGUUACUUGGCCCAGAACUCUGCAAGGGAUGAAAGGACUUCUGGAUGACAGUGGCUUGUAAUGGUUUUGCAACACGUCUCUGGAAAUGCCUUGCUGCUAACAU